UAAUGAAAUCUAAAACAAUCAUUUCUCGUAAAUUAGACAUUAACAAUGAUCCACCUAAACAAUAACAGGUAAUUUUAAUAAAGUAAAAAAACAGGCACCAUUUUUUGAUCCAUGUCCAAAAUUUCAUAAAAAAUAUGAUGUUAAAGUUGAUAUGGAUAGAAUUGUAUCUUAUAUGUAUUUAAGAGAAAAUCAUUCAAAUAUCAAAUAAUGUAGAGAUUUCAGUUAAAAAAGAAUAUGCAAAUUUGAUUCAACAUAAAUUAAAGAUGGUCCCCCUUCUGCUAAAUUAAUCUAAAUAUCACCUAAUCAUUCAAUAACUGUGAAUGGUUGGAUUAAUGUUGGUGGAGAAUUAAAACACUAAUUUAAUAAUGGCUGGAAGACAAAUAUUUAAGAUAUCUGCAUAGAUAAAAGCUAUGAAGAUCAAUUAGAUAAUCAUUUUAAAGCCAAAGAAGCUUAAUUAAAACAUGAUUACAAGGCUAAAAUAGAAUAUAUGAAUAAAUAUUUUUAAGAGAUUGACCAAAUGUAUAAAAUAAAUGACAAAAAGGAAUCUGUAAAAAAACUAAGAGUUUUAUAUAAAAAAAGUAGGGAAGAUUUAAAAUCAUAUUUAAAAUAUUAAGGGUAAAGAUUUUAUGAAAUUUUACCAAUGAUGAAAAAAAGAACUAAUACUUUAAUUGAAUAAUUUAAGUGUUUUAAACCAUUAAGCAAUUUAGAACUAAAAGAAAAGUAAAAAUAUCUUGAUGAUUUGUUUAAACACUUAAAUAAAAAAACAGAUAAGGAUCUUAAAACUAAAGAGUAGGAUUCUAUUGAUUAAUAGUAAUCAAAUGAAAUCUAAAUUGAUUACAAUGAUUCUAAUAGAAAUAUUAAUUAGAUUAAAAGAACUUAUAGUUAAAUGGAAGAUAUAACUGCUGAGGCUGCUGCUUUUAAUUAAAAUCAUUAUCUAUUCGAAGUUAAAGAUGUUAAUUCAUUUGGUUAAUAAAUAAGAAUGAAUAAGAUGAAUAAAAUUAUGAAUGAGAUGUUUAAAAGCUAAAAACAUUUUUAAUAAGAUUUAUAAAAUUAUGCAUAUAAACAUUUAAAUACAAAUACAUCUUGUGAUAUUAGUGUAGCCAAUAUCUCAUAAAUGUAAUAAGUAAAAUUAUAAUAACAUUAAGUGCAUUUAAAAUAAUAAAUAAAAAGAAUUGAAACGAAUGCAUACUAGUUUUCAAUAUAUGAGAAAUCAACCUAAAUCUCUAGCAAUUAAAACUUUAGCAUUUUAAACUACAAACACAUCUAAUCAUUUUAAAUUUUGA